GAGCAGCCACAGUGCCCUGCUCAGAAGCCCGGGGCUCAUCAGUCAAGCUGGUUCUAGGCUCUCACUUGGCAGCACGGGCAGGCGAGUGGCCCCCGGUUCCGGGAGAAGAAUAGCAGUGCCCCCAGCCCUGGUCUUCCAGCCCAGAGCCUCGCCUGCCCGCACCACACCAGGAUGGCCACCAUCACCUGCACCCGCUUCACAGAAGAGUACCAGCUCUUCGAGGAACUGGGAAAGGGAGCCUUCUCGGUCGUGCGCAGGUGUGUGAAGGUGCUGGCUGGCCAGGAGUAUGCUGCCAAGAUCAUCAACACCAAGAAACUCUCGGCCAGAGACCAUCAGAAGCUGGAGCGUGAAGCUCGCAUCUGCCGCCUGCUGAAGCACCCCAACAUCGUCCGGCUCCACGACAGCAUCUCCGAGGAGGGACACCAUUACCUGAUCUUCGACCUGGUCACUGGUGGGGAGCUGUUUGAGGACAUUGUGGCCCGGGAGUACUACAGUGAGGCCGAUGCCAGCCACUGCAUCCAGCAGAUCCUGGAGGCUGUGCUGCACUGCCACCAGAUGGGGGUGGUGCACCGGGACCUGAAGCCGGAGAAUCUGCUGCUGGCCUCCAAGCUCAAGGGCGCCGCGGUGAAGCUGGCAGACUUUGGCCUGGCCAUAGAGGUAGAGGGGGAGCAGCAGGCAUGGUUCGGGUUCGCAGGGACCCCUGGAUACCUCUCUCCGGAAGUGCUGCGCAAGGACCCUUACGGGAAGCCCGUGGACCUGUGGGCCUGCGGGGUCAUCCUGUACAUCCUGCUGGUUGGGUAUCCCCCGUUCUGGGAUGAGGACCAGCACCGCUUGUACCAGCAGAUCAAAGCCGGCGCCUAUGAUUUCCCAUCACCAGAGUGGGACACUGUCACCCCAGAAGCCAAGGAUCUGAUCAAUAAGAUGCUGACCAUCAACCCAUCCAAACGCAUCACGGCCGCCGAGGCCCUCAAGCACCCCUGGAUCUCGCACCGGUCCACUGUGGCCUCCUGCAUGCACAGACAGGAGACCGUGGACUGCCUGAAGAAGUUCAACGCCAGGAGAAAACUCAAGGGAGCGAUCCUCACCACGAUGCUGGCCACCAGGAACUUCUCUGGAGGGAAGAGUGGAGGAAACAAGAAGAAUGAUGGUGUGAAGAAAAGAAAGUCCAGUUCCAGCGUUCAGUUAAUGGAAUCCUCAGAGAGCACCAACACCACCAUUGAGGACGAAGACACCAAAGUGCGGAAACAGGAAAUUAUAAAAGUGACAGAGCAGCUGAUCGAAGCCAUAAGCAAUGGAGAUUUUGAGUCCUACACGAAGAUGUGUGACCCCGGGAUGACAGCCUUCGAACCCGAGGCCCUGGGGAACCUGGUCGAGGGCCUGGACUUCCAUCGAUUCUAUUUUGAAAACCUGUGGUCCCGGAACAGCAAGCCCGUGCACACCACCAUUUUGAACCCCCACAUCCACCUGAUGGGCGACGAGUCGGCCUGCAUCGCCUACAUACGCAUCACGCAGUACCUGGACGCCGGCGGCAUCCCCCGCACGGCCCAGUCCGAGGAGACCCGUGUCUGGCACCGCCGGGACGGCAAAUGGCAGAUCGUCCACUUCCACAGAUCUGGGGCGCCCUCUGUCCUGCCCCACUGAAGGGCCCGGCUGGGGCGCGGUACCGCAGAGAUCUGCUCUUCGUCCUUGGAACGUCGCUGCUGUUUCUCCCGCCUCGGAUUUUGCUGGAAUUCCCCCAGUCACAUCGCCCCCUACCGCCACCGUCACCGUCUCCUUCAUACCUGCAUCAGGAAAACUCGCCCCCCAAAGCCUCCGUGUCUUCAGAGCAAAUGGCCACAUUUCCCCGCCUCCCGCCUGGCACGCUCGGUCUCUGUCCCCAGCCAGGGCAGAGCUUCCUCAGGCCCCGGUGCCCUGCGAGCUGGCCCCCAGGCCCCCCGACCCGGCUGUCCUAGGCCAGCCCAGCUGUGCGUUCACCCAGGGGCUGGGCAGAAGGAGAGGCAGAGUUGGGAGGUCCCUGAUCACUUUCCUUCCAGGGAUCCCCACCGCGCACCCCCCGCCCCCACCCCUCCGGGAAAGGCAGAGGGAACC